AUGGCGGGAGAUCAGUAUGAGCUGAACGAGAUCGAUGAUGGCAAAUUCGGCAUCUCAGAGCAUGCGAAUAGCAUCUCUCUCGAAGACAAGCCUCGCAAGAAUUCAGUCGCCAACUUCCGCACCCGCUUCAUCGACAGCUUCAGACGAGACCCGAAUGCAUACUUUUCCCGGCCGGCGAAUGCGGACAACGGGUUUGAUGCUGAGCAGGCUGCGGCCGCCACGGCAGCGUCACCUUUGAGGCGAGCGUUGAAGUCUAGGCAUCUCCAAAUGAUCGCAAUAGGAGGGUCUAUCGGGACCGGUCUGUUUGUCGGGUCUGGAAGGGCGCUCGCGACUGGAGGACCUGCGUCGGUGGUGAUAUCCUUCUCUCUGGUCGGAAUAAUGCUCUACGCUACGAUACAUGCCCUCGGCGAACUUGCCGUCUGCUUCCCUGUCGCCGGGUCUUUCUCCCACUACUCUACCCGUUUCAUCGAUCCUGCUUGGGGGUUCGCCAUGGGGUGGAACUACGCUAUCAUGUGGCUGACGCUGCUGCCGCUGGAAAUCGUCUCGGCCGCCAUCACGGUUGGGUACUGGCAAUCCAGCAUAUCGCCGGCGGCCUGGGUCGCCAUAUUCUACGUCCUCAUCGUCUGCAUCAACAUGUUUGGAGUCAGGGGAUACGGCGAGGCAGAAUUUGUAUUCUCUAUAAUAAAGGUCGUUGCGGUUAUUGGGUUCAUCAUCCUCGGAAUCACCAUCAACUGCGGCGGUGGGCCGAAUGGAGAGUACAUCGGAGGGAAAUUCUGGAGAGAACCCGGUGCUUUCAACAAUGGAUUCAAGGGCCUCUGUAGCGUCUUCGUCACAGCUGCCUUUACCUUUGGUGGAGGAGAGCUCGUUGGCCUGGCUGCCGCGGAGACAAGCAACCCUCGCAAGUCUAUCCCAACCGCAGUCAAGCAGGUCUUUUGGCGUAUUGUUUUGUUCUACAUGGUCUCCAUGACCAUCGUUGGCCUCCUGGUACCCUACACUGACCAAAGAUUGCUGAACGGAACCGCCAGUUCCGACGUCAAGGCCUCUCCCUUUGUUAUCGCCAUCCAAGAUGCUGGCAUCAUAGGACUCGACUCUGUCAUGAAUGUUGUCAUCAUGAUUUCAGUCCUGUCCGUUGGAAACGCUGCCAUCUACGGCUCUUCUCGAACACUUGCUGCCCUGGCGGAGCAACGACAGGCCCCAAAAUUCCUAUCGUACAUCGACCGUAAGGGCCGGCCGCUGCUCGCCAUCAUCGCCGCCUCGAUGUGCGGCCUGUUCGGGUUCCUGGCUGCUUCUUCCAAACAGCAGGAUGCAUUCACCUGGAUGUUGGCCAUCUCCGGCCUCUCCUCCGUCUUCACCUGGGGCUCCAUCUGCCUGGCCCACAUCCGGUUCCGUCAAGGCCUAAAGGCACAGGGCCAGAGGGUCGAUGACCUCCCCUUCCAGGCCCAAGGAGGCAUGAUCGGCUCCUGCAUCGGCUUCGCCAUCAACUGCAUUGUCCUCGUAGCCCAGUUCUGGACCGGGUUUGCCCCGAUCGGCUACGCUGAGCUGUCACCUGCCGGCCGCGUGAAGAACUGGUUCUCAACCUACCUUGCCGCCCCGGUUGUCAUCACCUUCUACAUCGUCUAUAAGCUGUGGCACGGCACGUCCCUGGUGCGAGCAAAGGACAUGGACCUGAUCACCGGUCGUCGAGACCUUAACCUCGCCCAUCUGAUAGCAGAGGAGAGGGCCGAAAGGAUGUCCUGGCCGACUUGGAAGAAGGUUUAUAAGUUUUUCUGUUAA